GUAUAAAUAUGAAGUACAAUGCGCACAUACAUUCGUUUUACAUCUUGAAAAUGAGGUACCUUGGAAUUCUUCUAACGACAGUCAUUGGAUUCGUCCUUUCUACGGACAUUUGUAAGUCGCGGGCACCUGCUGGCCACGUCAAUGGCUGUAGUGUCCCCUCCUUCUUGCCUCAUCCUUUCAUCAGAGUCUUUACGCCUUCUUGUGAUAAGCACGACGUCUGUUACGACUGUGCGGUUCGUCAUGGGAUCAACCGAAAACAAUGUGAUGAAUCCUUUCACCGAGAAAUGAACACGGCUUGCUCAGAAAGACGCAAAAGAUUUUUAUUUAACAGUCUACGAGAUGAGGCUUGUCGGCUUUCUGCUCAGCUAUAUUUUGACGCAGUGCGUCUCGCUGGAGCCACGCAUUUUCUGCACUACUCUCCCGAAUACUGUGAGGAACAGUGGGUAAAACAGUGCUUGCCAAGCGUGUAGAGUGAAAUAAAAUGGCCGCUGUAAUAAA